AUUAUUUUGAACAAACUUUGAAUAACUUUGAACAAAGUUCGAACGACUUUGAACAAACUUCGAAUAAGAUUGAACCAACCUCAAAUGACAUUGAUAGUUCUAAUAAAUCAACCCUUACCCCUAUUCUUGAUGUUCCAAUACCGACUCUUGCUCCUGAUGUUCCAAUAUCAGCUGUAAAUGAGCACACGAAUGGAGACUCGAAAAUAGAGAUGGUCAUCGAUGCAUACUUAAAUAUCCAUUAUUAUACUAAAUAUUUAAAAAUACUACGUAAACAACAUAAUGAAAUGCUUUACGAUCUUUUUCAUAAAGCUGAUUUAGCUGUUGCUAAUACAAACGUCUAUUCUGUUACAUUAAAAACCCAACUUGCCCCAUCUAAAGAUCCACAUGAUUAUAUGUCUUUGGCUCGCUAUUUUUGGCCAAACCCUGAUACCAAGGAUGGGUUGCCAUACAUUAGACGAGGUUAUUCUAAUCCGGAGAUUUGGAGUGUGUCAGAUUACACCUAUUUAAGACAAUUAAUGAAAGAUAUUCAACAUUUGGGAUUUGCAUAUUUUUUUACAAAGAAUGAUACUUAUGCUAAAAAGGCAAUAUAUAGAUUAAAUGAAAUUACUCAAUCUAUUUCAUUAAUGAGUUCUUCAAAAUCUUGGGACAAUAGUGUCGAAUCAAACCUCAAAGAAUGGUUUAUCAAAUACUAUGAAUGGCUCAAAACAUCAAAAUAUGGUCAUGCAGAACACAAUUCAAAAAAUCAUCAUGGUACAUUUUAUGACAUUCAAGUGAUUUAUAUUCUCCAAUACCUUGGUCGAAUAGAAGAGACAAAGGAAUUUGGUUGGAAAGCAUUAAAAAGCAGUGUUGAUACAGGUAUACUUGCAAAUGGACAACAACAUCAUGAAACUUCCUAUUACUUGUUGCCAUUUGCAUUAAAUGGAGGUGAAGGAUGGAAGUUUAAAAACAUUGAUGGAUUCAAAUUUAAUAAUUAUAUAAGGAUUUUGGAAUUAAGUUGGAUUAUUUGGGGUGAUGAUAAAUAUCUCGAUGCUAUCGAGACUCUGAAACCCAAAUCAAAAUUAGAGCAAGUCUUAGGCAGUCAAGAAGUAUUGAAUGAAAAUUCUCUAUGCGUUUGGUCUUUGAUGAAUGUAAAAAGCUUGUGGCCUUGUUUUUCUUAA